UGAACAGUCAGAGCAAUGGACAGUUUUGAUCUCUCUCUGUCUCUCUAUCUGUUUCUCUCAGGUGUACACACAUUCCAGAACAUGUAUGGCUGUGAGUGGGAUGAGGAGACUGGAGUCACAGAGGGGUUUUACCAGUUUGGAUUUGAUGGAGAAGAUUUCGUCUCAUUUGACCUGAAGACAUUGACAUGGAUCACUCCAAAACCACAGGCAUUCAUCACCAAGAACACGUGGGACAGUAACAAAGCUGGCAAUGAGUACAUUAAAAGCUAUUUCACCCAGGAGUGUAUUGAUUGGCUGAAGAAGUAUGUGGAAUAUGGGAAGAGAAGUCUGAUGAGGACAGUCCCUCCAACAGUGUCUCUGCUCCAGAAGACCCCCUCCUCUCCAGUGACCUGCCACGCUACAGGUUUCUACCCCAGUAGAGUCAUGGUGACCUGGAAGAAAGAUGGACAAGAUCACCAUGAAGAUGUGGAGAUGGGAGAGACUCUCCAGAAUGAUGAUGGAACUUUCCAGACGAGUGUCCGUCUGAAUGUGAAGCCUGAGGAGAGGAAGAACAACAAGUAUCAGUGUGUGGUUCAGGUUGCAGGUAUCGAUGAGGACUUCAUCAAGGAUCUGACUGAGGACACAACCUCCAUUGGCCCCAUCAUUGGAGUGGUGGUAGCUGGCCUCCUGGUCAUAGCUGCUGUUAUUAUAGGAGUCGUCAUCUGGAAGAAGAAGAGCAAGAGAGGUUUUGCUCAAACCAACACUUCAGACACUGACUUUGACAACUCUGAGAGAGCUGGCCAGAUGAUUUGAGACCUCAAAAUGAGAAAGCUGAAGAGGACAUAGAUGAAAUGGAAACAACAGACAUUUUUCUGAAUCCAAUAACAUAGCACAUACAUGUAUACAUUCAUGCACACAUACAGUAAUCACAGAUCUCAUGUACAAAUCUGCUGUUAAAAUAUUCUUAGAUUUUUUUUAACACUUUUGCUGACCUUUAAUCUAUGGUUUGCCUUUUUAAAAAUGUGCUGUUAUUUUGUUGAAUUCAUAUAUGAAUAUAAGAAGUACUGUGUAAUAGAUUAACCAGGCUGCAAAUGGAACAUCUAGAAAAUGUGAAAAUGGACAGGAUGAAACCAGAACCAUACUCGGCCAAUCUAUCCACAUUUUCCAUUUAUACAUAGUUUUUCUUUUCUGUCACUUCAUUUAUUUUUCCCUUUAUUUUUUUUAUUUUUUUGCUUGUCUGUAGAAAUAGUUGGUGAUGGAGAGUAUGUAAACAAGCAUUUUAUUGCAGUUGUUUGUACUUAUGGAGGCUCCACAUUUAUUCUGGGAUAGGCUUGUAAAUGUGAAAUCUACUUUUAAUGAAGUAUCAACAGUCAUACAUACAUGAAAGGGAGAUGAUCAGAUUGCCAGAUGUGCCAUUAAAAUGUUCUUUUCUGAAAGUAGCUUUUUUCGCUUAUUUGAUUUUAUGAUAGGUUUAAUUUAAUGAUACAUUGUUAAUUGAAUUCUGAUGAAAUAGUUGGUUAUGGGGAAAUAAGUGAAGAAGCAUUUUAUUUGCUUGUGUUCAUCCAAAUUAAUUGGGCUGAGUUAUUUUUUAGUCCUGGAGUAGGCUUAAUCUUCACUUCUCCCUUAUCAGUGUCAUCGAAACUAUCAAAUACACACCCAAUAAAUGUUUUGUGUGUGCACAAAGUAAAUUAUCCACUUGGGUUUAAUUCUGGAUUAAAACUCUCUUUUUU